CAACUGCAGCAGAGGUGUCCAUUGAAAGUCGGAAGUUGGCUCCGAUAGUUGGUAAAAACUUAACAAAAUGGCAGAAGACAACAGUUAUGAGUCAAUGCUCUGUGUAAAGCCCGAGGUUCAUGUUUACCGGAUCCCGCCGCGGGCCUCUAACCGAGGAUAUCGUGCUGCUGACUGGAAGCUGGAUGAACCUGCAUGGAGUGGCAGAAUGAAAAUCACUGCUAAAGGCAAGAUGGCCUACAUUAAGUUAGAGGACAGAAACACAGGAGAGUUGUUUGCCCAAGCUCCAGUCGAACAGUAUCCAGGGUGUGUAGUUGAAGCAGUCACAGACUCCAGCAGGUAUUUUGUGAUCCGGAUAGAAGAUGGCAAUGGACGCCAUGCUUUUAUCGGUCUGGGUUUUGCUGAUCGUGGAGACUCAUUUGACUUCAACGUAGCUUUACAAGACCAUUUUAAAUGGGUGAAGCAAGAAGGUGAGCUCGCAAAACAGGAAGCUACUGAGAACACAGCACCGAAGCUGGACCUGAGCUUCAAAGAGGGACAGACGAUCAAGAUCAGCAUCGGGAACAUCAAGAAGAAGGAGGCAGGUGGUGCCAAACCGCGGCCCAUGGCUGGCGGCCUACUUCCACCUCCACCAGGUGUAAAAGUCGGAGGUGUCAUACCACCUCCGGUUGCACAACAGACAGUGCCACCUGUACAGACUAACGCUGCCUCUCUUUUAGACUUUGGGUCCCCCGGCCCCGCAGCCCCACCCAGCUCCGACUUGUGGGGGGAUUUCACAUCUGCAGGCUCCAACUCCAGUAAAGAUGCUGUCAAAUCAGGAUGGGUGCAGUUUAGUUGAGUGGAAGUGGGAUGUUUGAUUUUAGAAGUCAGGUGACCACUAACCCGUCGUCGCUGGAGUGUCUGAAGACAAGUGAGCAUGUUGAUGGUCGAAGGGAAAGAUUGACUCGUUACACUAACCAGAUGAAAAACAUCUAUGCAUCGCCUUAAAUCAAAUGUUCCCUGAUUUUAUCUCUAGUUUCCUUUCCUUGUCACUGUAAAUCUGUCCAGAAUCAGAUUUGACUGUUCCUCGUCGUUACAACAUCAUAGAGUUAUCUCAUUACACCAGCACCACUCAUCUCAAGGUUGUUUUUACAUUUUUGGGAAAGUUAGUUUACCCAUCGAAGUACCCGUGUUUUGUUUAGCUUUAUACAAUUA